AAAAAUGCUAACCAGAAUCAAAUUGUGACUUUUUCAAUGCCUGUUGAUAAGAAGGAUACCGAUCUUGAGAACAGAGUAAGGAAGUUGCUUGAGAAGGAAAAGCCAAUAGAGAACACUUCUGAACAAGACUUGAUUCAACGAUUCAAUCAUGUAUUUUCAACACAACCUGUAGUUGCUCAAUCCAAACCUAAUUAUGCUAUACCAGACAAUGCGUAUAGUGAUGAAAUAGACAAGCAAAUUGAAGCGAUGCUCAAUGAAAGUGAUGAUGAUGAUAUUUAUGACAUGCUUGACUCGAAACAGGAUAGACAAUUAUACUGUUCUUUGAAUGACAACAUAGACCAUCUUCAAGAAACCUUUCUAGGCAAAGAAACUUAUAACACGGACGAAAGCCAUGAACUUAUUCAAAGGGUACAACAAGAAGCUGCGUUAGAUCACAGAUACGAUCAAUUCACUCAACAACGAGACAAAGCAUUGGAACAAAGAUACCUUGACUUGAAAAAGAAUGCUCCAAAUGUAUCUACGACAUCCAAUUCAACAAAACCCAAGGGAAUUAUUCCUAAACCACUUGGAAAAGAUGAUUUACAUGAUGAAAUGAAUGACUGGUGUUGCAUUUGUAAUGAUGAUGCUACGAUUGAAUGCCUUGGUUGUGAAGAUGAUAAUACGUAUUGUAAGCCGUGCUUUGUUUACACACAUCUUAGUGAAGCAGCUGACUAUGAAGCAACCAAGCAUAAAAGCAGACCUUAUGUACGCUGAUACAAUAAUAAAGUAUAAAUUGAGAGCGGAGGAAGAUUUUUUAAUGCAAAACCCUUUUCU